AUGAUGGAAACAUCGACGUUAAUCAUACUGAUUAUCAUUUUAUUCUUUGCCCUUGUGGUUACGACCUUCGUGCUCAUCAGCUAUUCGGGCCUGUUUUACGUUCCUCAGAUUUCUAUCGGUCGACCGGUGGUUGGCGCUGCCGGAUAUCGCAUCGCGUACAAGUUCUUGCAGACAAGUUGUUAUUCGGCAGAUCUCGGGGCGGCGUUCACCGAAGUAACCUCGAUUGUGCCGAAGGCGAUCCCGGUCGGCAUCUACUACGAUAAACCGUCGGAAGACGGUAGCGACAAAUGCCACUGUGCCGUUGGAUGCAUCGUUCACAACUGUGGCGAUGGAGAGGGUGACCACUGGACGGUCACCGACGACGACAUCCGCCUUCUUGAAAAGAACGACUACACUUUUUUCGAUGUGCCAACCGUAGAAAGGGCUGUAAUCACAAAGUUUCCGUACCAGUCGCCGUUUUCGCUGUGGAUCGCUCCUGCGAAGGUUUACCCUUGUUUGAAAGGCUUCAUUCAGAAGUUUUUCGUGUGA